AUGAUUCUCUUACAGCAUGUUUGCUUGGGGUUAUUUCUUUUUGUACAAGAGUUAAUACUUAGGGAUAAUAAACUGACGAAAAUACCAGAUGUGGGUAUAUUCAAGAAGCUCUUAGUUUUUGAUGUUUCUUUCAAUGAAAUCACUUCAUUACAAGGAUUGUCGAAGACCUCCAGCACAAUCAAGGAACUCUAUUCCAAAAAUGAAGUUACUAAUAUGGAGGAGAUUGACCACUUGCAUGAGUUGCAAAUCCUUGAACUUGGUUCUAACAGACUACGGGUGAUGGAAAAAUUGCAAAAUUUUACAAAGUUACAAGAACUGUGGCUAGGAAGAAACCGAAUUAAAGUGAUCAACCUUUGUGGGCUUAGUUGCAUCAAGAAGAUUAGCUUGCAAAGUAACCGGUUAACAUCUAUGAUAGGGUUGGAGGAAUGCAAUGCCCUAGAAGAAAUAUACUUGAGCCACAAUGGUAUUGCAAAAAUGGAAGGCCUAUCAAAAUUGGUCAACCUCCGAGUAUUAGAUGUUUCAUCAAAUAAGCUAACAUCAGUCGAUGAUAUUCAAAACUUAACAAGGUUGGAAGACUUGUGGCACAAUGACAACCGAAUAGAAUCACUUGAGGACAUAGCUGAGGGUGUUUCUGGUUCAAGAGAAAAGCUUACUACUAUCUACCUUGAAAAUAAUCCAUGUGUACGGUUUGCAACUUCGCGAUCUCCUAACUACAAUGCUACCCUGAAACAAAUUUUCCCCAAUAUUCAGCAAAUCGAUUCUGAGGUAUUUGCUUAGAAAUUUUGAUAGGAUCUGGACUAUUGUAGUUGAAUGUUCAUAAAUUUGCAAUCACGCGU